AUGACUUCAAUUCGAACUUCUUCAUACUCAAUUGAAGAAGAUGUGCACUUGUGUCAUGUGUAUCUUGACAUUUCUCAAAAUCCAAUCAUAGGAAUUAACCAAUCCAGAGAUCAGAUGUGGGCAAGAGUUGAAUUAGCGUAUCACUCUAGACAGUUUAGUAGUCAACCUCGACCGAGAAGAUCUUUGCAAAAUCGAAUGAUGACCAUUCUUGCGGUAGUUUCAAAAUUAAGGGGAUGUGUUAACCAAAUUGAAAAUAAAAACCCAAGUGGUGCUUCACAAGAAGAUAUUUUAAAUCAAAUGAAGAUGCUAUUAGCACAAGAUCCAAAGUACAAAAGAGGGUUCAAAUUUUAUCAUGUGUGGUCCAUUCUUAAAGAUUGUGAGAAAUUUACAAAUGACAACACCAAUUCACCAGCUAGAUUCCAACAACAAGGUCGUAGUUUCAAUUCCCCCCAAUCUUGUUCUUCUGGCUUCGAAUCACCGACAUCGACAUCCACUGGUAUGAGUUCAUUUGAUCUUAAUAUGAAUGAUGAGGAAGUUCCUAUUAAUUUAUCUGAAAGACCUAUCGGUGUGAAAAAAGCAAAAGGAAAACAAAAAAGUGAUUAA